GAAAAAAAAAAACCCGUUGCGGAUUUUCGAUUGAAUAGUUAAGGAUUUUUGUGUGGUGAAACACGAUUCUUCGGGUGGACAGUGCAGGACGGAUGUCGAAUUCGAUGCCGUUUACGAUUCGGCGAUGAUAAACAAAAACAAAAAUAAUAUCGGUGUUAUCGGUGUAAUUGGUGAACGAUGAGCGCUCGCAGCAAUAGCAGGAUCAAAAGUCCCGUGGGAUGCAGAUGCCAUUACAUACUGAAACGAUGUAUGGCCAUCCAUCUUCAGAAACAGUCGCUUGUUCGGUACGUCCCGCAACAAGCGGAAACUUCUCCGUACUGGAUGUACGACAACGGGUACCUAAUAUUCCAGAGCUUUUUGGAGUCGAAUCUAAAAUGUGUCUGGAAUCGAAGUCUCGUAGAAGCGAUGCAAGUGGUCAAAUACGAGGGAUACGUCUCGCCGGGAGUGUUGUUGCUCACCGGUGAUCCAUGUUCUAUGGAGGUAAUAAGAGGCGCCUGGUGUCGUAAUGUGCUCAGGCCACCGAACAGUUACGUUAUCACUAAAAUUGGCGACGUUGAAGAUUGCGUGGUGGAAGACUUAAACCAAGGACAAUUUACGCCGUUAUCCGAAGCCUUAUGCCUAGUCAUACUGGAGCUGACUAGUGCAAACCAAAAUGCCACAAUUGACACUGUGCGUUCAGCCCUAAAAAUAUUUUUCUCUAACAUACAACCGCCGUCCGAACACAUUAUCUACGAUACGAUGGUCAAUCUCAUGUCUGAUAAUAAGAUAUACCAGACCUCCAGGGGUUACUUUGUUGUGACGCCGGAGGUGCAGCGACUUGUCGGUUCAGCGACCGCUAGCCCUGCACACAGCUUGCGGUUGGGAGGAAGUAGCCGGUACAGUCCAAGCAAAAAAGGGUUCUUGAUGUCUACAGAAGAAGCGUACAUGAAGGUGCACGGUGACAUAGAGACCUUAAGAGACGGUGACCAAACUCACCAAAAUAUACAGACCAAUUUGGCAGACAUCAUAUCUGGCGGUAAUUCGGACGAUAAAACGUUGUCACCCAGGCGGGAUGCGUCCGGCGAGAGGCUGGGCAGACGUAACUCGCUCAGGACCAACUCGGCGUCCCGUCGCUUUCAGGCCACGCUACAGCGGAGCGGUUCGAUGAGACAGAUAUCGAAUAAAAACAAAACAGACGAAUGCUACGGUGGCGUGUCCGCGGAGCCUAAAAAGUCACCGGGUAUUUUUUCGAGACUGUUUGGCAGCCGCAGAUCGAGUUCCAAAUCCCGAAAAUCGAACAACUACUGUUGUGCCACUCAGUUCCCUCCGGACGAGUGGUUCAACAAGAGUGUACAACCACAACAUUCGAUCUCCACUCAAACGGAGAAGGACGAGGAUCUGCAGUCGAAACAACAGUGGCCGGUCCCGAGGUUGACGAGGAGCGCGACGUUGCCGAGGAAAUCACGAACCGUCCCGGCGGGUCCGUCGUCGGUGGCCUGCAGCAGCACAGCUGACGGUUGCGGCGGUUGCCAUUCGAACAAGACGCCGGCCGCCGCCAAGAAGGCAUACCCGUCCAGCGGUUCGUCCGGAUACAACUCGCUGCCCCGCAUGAACGGCGGCCGGAAGUCGUCGAGCAGCGUGAAAAACUCGCCGUCGUCGGAACUAUCGUACAAGAUCGCCGCGGGCGCGGCCAAAGCGGAAGACGCGAAGCCGGACACGCCGACCGGACGCGGCAGCAACUUCGAUUCGAGUUACAGCUGCGACGAGAUAUCCGUCAACGACUCGUCCAUCACGCUCACGGUGCCCGCGACGCCUUCCUCCAAGCCCAAGACGGCCGCGGACUUGCGCCGGGAAUACUUCCGGGGCCUGAGCAAGUACGGUCAGGCGGCCACCAGCGGAAGCUGCGGCACGGGCGGCGGCGGCGUCCGCGGUAAAGACCAUCAUCACCAGCAGCAGCAGCAGCAACAGCAACAGCAACUCAAGUACUUCAACCACAGUGCCAACGGCGGGCGCGAUAAACAGGCGAUCGCCGCGAGUCUGCACAAGUAUCUGGACAACGCUUGUAAAAUCAAAUAACGCCACCGCGCCAUAGCGUCAUUUUUUUCUUUUCCUUUUAUAACAACAACAUCGAACAGUAUAUACGUAUAAUAUUUUCCGUUAUUAUAACAUAAAAUAACAUAUAAUAUUUAGCAGGCAUAUACCACGUCUUCUCGGACGUACGCGUAAUUGCAUCGUAUAUGUAUAUAAUAUAAUAAACCUUACGUCCUUACCUAUCUACUUAUUCUACUUAUUACAUAUUAUAUUAUACAGCAAACGACUUUUAAUACCAACACGACGUUUGGCGUAUAUUAACGACGAUCAUACGAUGAUAAUAAUAUAUAAUUUAUACAACCUAACGGUUAGGGUUCAAACCCAUUCCGACGCCAUAUCUCUGUCCCGGAAAAUGUUGACGAGGAAACUGCGACUCGAUUUAUUAUAAUUAUCUUUUUUAGUCAUAAUAUAAUAAGGUUUUAAUAUUGUUGUUGAAAUACAAUUUAAUUAUCGGAUGCAAUUUUUUUUGUAUUAUUAUUAUGUCGAAAGUCAUUAUUAGUGUUGACGUGACGCUAUAUAAAGAAUAGAUGAAGGCGAGAAAAACGUUUCUCGUUAUUUUAGAAAAAACGUUUUAUUCAUUUUUAAUUACAUAUAGGUAUUUAAAAUGAACGAUGGAUCAUUUCAAAUCGACGACAAUGAGAUAAAAUUAUAAUAUUGUUACUAAUAUCAGUAAAAUCAAUAAAUAAUAACCACAAAAAGUUAUUUUUUUUUUGAAAUCGAAGGAAUCCAUUAAUUAUUAAUUAAUGGUAAUCCGUCUUGUUGCAGUUUUUUUUUUGUCUCCACUUGAUUUCCACCAAAUUUUGUCAUUAAUAAAUUUGUCGCAAGCAGAUGGAUUCAAAUCGUGCUUAUUAAUCGUUUUUUCGAUGGAAAAAAAACAGGUCCGAAUUUACAAUAAAAUUUUUUAUGCCCUCCUAUUACAUCAGGACCGAGUACCUAUACAUUUUCCUGUGAUUUACUCACGUGUGUGCGAGUACUUAUAUUAUAUAAAUAUAAAAAUAUUUUACAUUGUACGUAUAUACCUGCCUAUAUUUAUAAUACAACCCGCUGCGUCCAAAUCAUAUAAUACCUAUUAUGAUAUAUUAUGAGCUUUUGAUAUUGUUAAAGGAAUGCCAUAUAACAUUUUUUAUUUAUAAUUAUUAUUAUAUACAAACUAAUCAAACAGUACUUUAUAUUAUUCUAUUUUUUAUUAUAUACGAUUAUAAUAUUAUGUUAUUACUUAUAUAGUACACUUUUAAUUUUUCAAUAUUUAAAUGUAUACUUCGUCCAUAUUUUCUUUUUAUACCAAUGUGAUGUUUAUACACACAGCUGGUAAUAUAAUAUACUCAAUGCGACAUUCUGUAUAUAACUGUAUUCGAUAUACCAAUAUCAUUAUAAUAUUAUUGUUUACGACUUGUAUAAUAGUUGAAUGUGACAAAGAAGAGUAUACUUUGUAAACUUUCCGGGCUUAUAUAAUAUAUUGGUAAUAUUAUAUUUAUUUUAUACCUAGAUAUAAUAUCACUUGUUAUAAGAUAUAUAAUAAUUAUUAUUUAUAUUAUACUUAACUGAAUAAAAUACAUAAUAUUAUUAUA